AUGUGUGUGGGGGUUCAGCUGCUGCGGUCCCAGGUGCCCUGCUCAGCCCUGCUGCUGCUGGGACUUGUGCUGGGGGCUGCUGCUGAACUCCGCUGUGCUGAGGACACCUACCCUAGUGGCAGCCGAUGCUGCCACGAGUGCCAACCAGGCCAUAGGAUGGUGAGCCGCUGUGACCACUACCGGGACACCGUGUGCCUUCCGUGCCCACCUGGCUUCUACAAUGAGGCUGUCAACUACGAGAUCUGCAAGCCCUGCACGCAGUGCAACCAGCGAAGUGGGAGUGAACCCAGGCAGAAGUGCACAGCCACACAGGACACUGUCUGCCGCUGCCGGCCAGGCACCCAGCCCCAGGAAGGCUAUAAGCAUGGAGUUGACUGUGUCCCGUGUCCCCCUGGCCACUUCUCCCUAGGUGACAACCAGGCUUGUAAGCCCUGGACCAACUGCUCCGCUGCUGGGAAGCACACACUGUAUCCAGCCAGCAACAGCUCAGAUGCCAUCUGUGAGGACAAGAGCCCCUUGACCAUACCAUCCAGGGAGACCCAGGGCCCCCCAGCCAGGCCCAGCAGUGCCCAGCCCACAGCAGCCAGGCCUUGGCCAUCACAGGGCCCCUCCAUACCCUCCUUGGAGGCCCCCCAGGGCUCUGCACUUGCUGCCAUCCUGGGCCUGGGCCUGGGCCUGGGUCUGCUGGCACCUCUGGCCACACUGCUGGCCCUACACCUGUACCGGAGGGCCUGGAAGCUGCCCACAGAUGCCCCCAAGCCCCCUGGGGGAAACAGCUUCCGGACCCCCAUCCAGGAGGAGCAUAAGGAUGCACACUCCUCCCUGGCCAAGAUCUGAGCAAUGUCCACUGAAGAAGUCAUGCCCCUCCCAGGGCCCCCCAGAAGGUCCAGCAGGCUGUGUGGGGCAGUGGGUGCACCCCAGGUGCAGGCUGCCAUGCCUGUGAGGGGCCCACCACCAUGCUCGACACGGUACCUGGGUCUGCCGCACCGUUCUAGGUGCUCCUAGAGGUUCCUGGGCUCUCUAUGUAUGUCGUGCAUACUCCACGCCCGGGCAGUGCCCCAAU